AUGUUAUCAGUUGCGGGCAACCUCGGUGACAACCGAACGUCAUCCCAUUUCCCACAAAUGACAUUCCAGGCAUCAGAUCUUAAUACAAAUGCUUCAAACCUAGAUGAUCCUGUGGUUAUCUCCGUCCAGCUCGGAGACUUGUUGGUACAAAAAGUACUCCUAGAUCCAGGUAGCAGUAUAGACGUCCUAUUCUACUCAACCUUCCGUAAGAUGAAACUCAGUGAUAAUAUACUCCAACACACCACGGGCGACCUAGUUGGCUUUUCAGGUGAACAUGUCCCAGUGAUGGGAUCCGUGUGGUUACAAACCACACUGGGUGAGCAUCCUUUAUCCAAAACUUCUGAUGUUCAGUUCCUAGUUGUUGAUUAUGACCUUAUCGCGACCAUUCACAGCGACCAUCGGGAAGCUCGCCAAUGUUACAACAUCAGCCUUAAACAACCAAGCCGAGAUAUAGAUGCCCAUGUUAACAACAUCAGCAGCACCAACAAGCUCCAAUCACUAGCCAACCUUAACCCAAAGGCCGAAUUCACUGAAAGGCCUACACCAACAGAGAACCUGCAGAAAGUUUACUUUUAUAAUAAUCUAGACAAAUUCACUUAUGUAGUCAUUUCCCACAAACUGGCAUUAGAUCCAUCUGCCCGACCUAUAGGUCAGAAGAAAAGAAAUCUGGGUAUUGAAAAGAAACAUGCGUCCUUGGAAGAAACCAAGAAGCUCAUCAACGCCGGCAUUAUCAAAGAAGUUCGGUUCACAACAUGGCUGGCGAAUGAGGUAAUGGUAAAAAAAUACAACAGUAAAUGGCGCAUGUAUGUUGAUUUCACAGAUCUCAACAAAGCAUGCCCCAAAGAUGCUUAUCCCUUACCCUCUAUUGACUCUUUAGUAGAUAGUACUUCAGGAUAUAGAACUUUAAGUUUCAUGGAUGCAUAUUCUGGUUAUAACCAGAUUCUAAUGCAUCCCCCUUACCAAAAUAAAACUGCAUUCAUUACUGCCUAUGGAAAUUACUAUUAUAAGGUUAUGCCUUUUGGACUUAAGAAUGCAGGUGCCACAUAUUAG